AUGCUGCUCACCCUCUCUACCUUCCUCCUCGGGCUGACUCUCAGUUGCCUCCAGACCAUCCAGGCUGAUGAGACUGAGAACCCUUUUAGGAAACUGGCUCCAUAUAAUGCUGACUAUGCCUUCGACCUUUUUAAGCAUCUAGUGAAAUUGGAUCCUCAAAAUGAUGUCUUGAUCUCCCCUAUAAGCAUCUCGAUGGCCACAGCUAUGCUGUCUCUGAGUGCCAAUAAUCAAACACGUAUUCAGAUGCUUAAAGGCCUGGGCUUUAACCUCAGCCAAACCUCUGAAACUGAUAUAGAUAAGAGUUUCCAGAAGCUUCAUGAACUCUUCAGUCGGUCAGACAAAAUCUUGGGAAUGAGCAUGGGUAACACCUUGUUCCAUGAUGAGAACCGCUACAUGGAGGAGCUAAUCUCAGAAAAAGCCAGGCAGUACUACGGUUUGGAGCACUUGGGUGUAGAUUUCCAGAACUGGGGAAAAGUCUGCAAUCAAAUCAAUGAGUAUAUGAAUAACAAGUCACAGGGGAUAACCUCAGACUUUUCCUUGGAGUCGACAAGAAUGGUCUCCUUCAUCCUGAUGAAUUACUUCUUCUUCUCAGGCACAUGGGCAGAGGCCUUCAACCCAGAAAACACCAUGGAGGAGGACUUCUUCGUGGAUAAUGAGACCGUGGUGAAGGUACCCAUGAUGUUUCAGUCAAGCCUUGCCACAUUCCUGCAUGACACAGAGCUGCACUGCAUGGUGAUCAAGAUGGAGUAUGUGAGCGAUCGUGCUGCCUUUUUCAUCCUACCCGAUGAUGGAGAUAUUAACACAAUCAUCCAAGCGCUAAGCCGAGACACACUCUAUAACUGGGAUAUGUCCCUGAGUACCAGAAAUCUGGACCUGUACAUCCCCAAAAUCAGCCUUACUGGCUCCUAUGACCUUAUGGAGAUCCUGAGGAUUAUGGACAUUGUGGACAUAAAGAAAGACAGCAAGAAUUUUUGCGACAACUGUGAUUUCCAAGUGCCACUAUCUGAGUUGAAUCACUACACCAAAGUAAAAUUCAGUGAGGAAGGCAAAGUACCAGCUGUCCCUCAAGUAUUCACCCCAGCAGUAACCGGCAAGUUUCCCCCAAUUCGCUUCAAUCGUCCCUACGUUGUCAUGAUCUUCGACCAUUCCUCAUGGAGCAGCCUUUUCCUGGGCAAGGUGGUGAAUCCAAAAAAACACAUUAAUGUGACUAAGUGCCCAGAGAGCCACUGA